AUGGCCACGGUUGAGAUUCCCCAGACCGCCGUGCCGGGCAAGGUUCUCGGCCCUACCACGCGGUUCGCCGCCGGCCCAGGAACACAUGUCUACAACGGUAAUGUCGUCGCCUCCCUGCUCGGCGAUGUGACCGUCACAGCAUCGGCCAAGGCCCAGGCCGGCCUCACGAAGCGCCUCAACCGCAUCACACCGCUGUCGCCCGAGGAGCUGGCGACCAUCUCCGUGGCACGCAAGGGCGCUAGCAAGAAGCGCGAGGUGCUUCCCGACGUGGGCAACAUGGUGCUCUGCCGCGUCGUGCGGUUGAUGCCGAAGCAGGCCAUUGUCACGAUCCAGCAGGUUGGCGACACGGUGCUGCAGACGGAGUGGCAGGGUGUCAUUCGCUCUCAAGACGUGAGGGCGACGGAGAAGGACAAGGUCAAGAUCUAUGAAAGCUUCAAGCCUGGUGACGUGGUGCGGGCGCAGGUGAUUUCUCUGGGAGACCAGGCCAACUACUACCUCUCCACCGCUGCUAAUGAGCUGGGAGUCAUCAUGGCCACCAGCGAGGCUGGCAACGACAUGGUGCCCGUCAGCUGGAAGGAGUACAAGGACCCGGAGACCGGCAUCGGAGAGCCGCGCAAGGUGGCCAAGCCAAACUGA